ACAGUCGAACACGUGCUUGGCUUGAGGGUAGUAAAUAUCCUUUCCAAACCCCCAAUUCAUGAUCUCCUAGAAAAAAUAAUUCCCGUCCAUUCAACCCCGCACCACGCAGCUACCAUGAAGAUCAACUAAUUGGUUUCCCGCGAGUUUCCACAUAGCAAGUUUUCCCAACAAAAUGUCUACGAAAUCCAAAAAGGGCCGCAACCCUGCUUCCGUCGAUAGCUGGCUGGACUGCAUAGGACUGUACAGGAAGAAUGUAGCCUACGAUGAAACGUGUCUCUUUAGGGCCGUCAGUGAACAGUUGUUUGAGUGCCAGAUUUACCACGAAAGAGUCCGGAAAGAGUGUAUAGAUUAUGGCAGGAGCCACUACUUUGAGUUCUGGGAAUUGCUGGAAGAUGAGGAGCAGUGGUAUGACCACCUCGAACUACUGGAGAAACACAUGGUGAUUUGUGGUAACAUAGAGAUCCAAAUAGUUAGUCAUAAAUACAAUUGUGAUGUUAUUGUCUAUGAUGCCACAAAUCAGAAGGCUGCAAAUGUAACAAACAGGAACCAGGAUAGGUCCUUGACUCUUUGUUUGAUGAAUGAGGACCACUAUGAUGUGGUGCACCAAAAGGAGCAUAUACAGAAUGCAGGGUUCUGUCAAUCCAUUGUUUACAAUAUCCUCUAUGAGGAUGUGUUCAAAGUUCCCAAAGUACAAGAUAUUGUACGUGGGAUGUUGUAUGAUAAGGAAUUUGUUUCUAUGUCUUUUGGUCAAGUGAAUAAUGCGGAUGUUAAGGUGAAAGUGGAGAAGGGCGAAAAGAGUGAAGAUGUUGCCCAAGCAAUAAAUGUCGCUCCAUUUCCCUUUAAAGUAGCCAAGGCUCUAGAUCCAACCAUCUACAGGAACAUAGAGUAUGAUUCUUGGACAGAAGUGAGAAGAGAGCUACGUUUAGGAGACUGGUACUACGGAGACGACAAUCUCAUCCUAGGAACCCGCUGUAUUUUCAACGAAAACGGCGAAACCUACGAAUGCUACAUCCAAGAAAUAAUCAAAGACCAAAACAAGUGUAUCAUCUAUGUUACAAAGCUAGCAGAAAAGCGCACAGUGAACUACACGGACCUGUCGCCGGAAAACGACGCAAAGCCGUGGCCUCUGCCCUACAGAUUUUCCAAAAACUUGGUUGUGACUCCGGUUCAAAGUCCCUCAACCAAUAAAGCUUACAAACUCCCGAAAAAACGUAAAGACAAACGGAGAAUGAAAAGCGACUCUCCGACGACCACGUCCGAGCAAGUCGACCAGGAUAUAGACGCUUUUAUCGGCGUUCCACUGCAUAUGCAAAAUGGUAGCUCGGUUUCUAUGGAUGAAACCCCGCCUGAGACACCACUGUCGCAGCAUAAUCUCCUAGUUACUCCAGAAAUUCCGUCGCCUAUGACCAAGUUCAUGUGGGAGACUCCUUGGAGUAACGCUGCUUCAGGAGUGUCUAACAAGUAUGUUUGGUCUCAGCCGCCGGCGACGUCGCCCAGUACCCCCAACUUUAGUUUAAAACCAAUGGUGGCGUCCGCCCCUGUCACUCCAAACGUCGUCCCGUAUCAUGAUUCGCAGUAUCCGUAUGUGGUCAAUUAUCACGUCGACAACAACUACAACGGGUUUUACACCUCCUGGGCCAAUAACGGUGACUACAGCCCACAAAACGCUCAGUUCCCAGUGGAGCCAGAAGAAAUCAAGGAAAAAGUUGAAUGUUACCAAGACGCACCUGUGUAUGCUGAGAGUUAUGAAACUCCUCCAGCUAAAGAAAGACCAACACUGCCUUUUUUACCACCCAAUACACAACCCGUGGAAGUGUUCUCGCCUGUCAUCCCUAUUCCACCGGGAACUCCGGUCAUUUAUGCCUCACCUACUGAUGUUGCUGAUGUGGUAAUGCCUGUGGCUGCACCCUACCAAGUUUAUACCCCACCAGUCGACGUGCAAUACGUACCACCAUCACCUUAUUACUAUUCACCCACUAUUUCUACCACUUGGUACCCGAUGGGUAUCAAUUCGCAAGGGUUUAUUUUCCCGCCGCCCAUCAACCAAAACAUGCCAAGCAACUAAAACUAAUCCUAUUUAUAGUCAUUGUGUUCACCCAUGUACUCAGUUAAUCAAAGAAACCAUUUUUUGUUGUUGUAUUUUAUUAGAAAUUUAUUUACGUUUAUUGUGAUCAGUUAGUAUUAAUUUCUUGUUGGAUUUCACUGAAUUGAAUUUUGUUUACUUUCGUUCAUAAAAAUAUAUUCUUGUUCGCUA